GAGGUCAGCAGUCGCGCUUCCGCUGUCAUUGUUUCCGCUUCCACCUCCACAUCCUCGUGCUUCUUCUCCUUGGACGCUUGAAAGUAGCUCAAACUUUUUUUUUGGUUUUUACUUGAACCACUUUUGACUUUCCCCCCCCCCCGUCUUUUCCUCCGAAACAUGGGAGACAUCGAAGCUCCCGACGCCAGGCAGCCGAGCCGCAGCGUGCUUCUGUCGGUGCUGCCCAGCAGAGAGUGGGCCUCCUCCCGCAAGGGAAUGUUGAUCAUCGCCCAAGUGGUGGUGUCCUUCAUAGACUUCGUGUGCUUUGCUGCGUCCACGGCAGCCGCCUUCGUGACCGUCCCCCUGCUGGAGUUCCUGGCCGCCCUCUUCCUGCUCUUCGCCUACUCCACUGGAUUCAACCAGAAGUUCAAAGGCUUCCUGUGGCCUCUCACGGACUUCAUGAGAUGUGUGACGGCCGCCAUCAUCUACUUCAUCAUCUCCAUCAUCGCAGUCUCCAAGUAUGUGGACGCCUCCUCCAAGGCUGCAGGGGUGUUCGGCUUCAUUGCCACCAUCGCCUUCGCUUUGGAUUUUUACCUCAUUUUUAACGAGCUGGCCAGUUUCCUGAAGCUAGGAGGAGAAACCACGGAGGAACCUUCCACACAGCCAGGUGAUUUUUCAGACUCGGAUUCAGACUGAGUUCUCACCACUUUAAUUUAAAAAAAUCCACUCCUGGAGGCGUGGCCUCUUCUGCAGUGCGCCGCCGCUGCCGCCUGACGAGGCUCCGCCCACGGACUGUGUCGAGGAAGUUGCAUCACUUUUUCUUGCGCAAUUUCUAUUGUCUUUAUAAGAUGUUUGCUUGUGGAGGACUCAAAUGUGUGGUCCUGACUUACUGAGCGCAGAUUGAUCGCACACAACAUUGUGUGUUCCAUGCAAAUUAGAGCUAUCCCGAACCGAUUUCGAUAUUGCAUAUCGGUCCGAUACCAGCAAAAAUAAAUAAAUAAGUAUUGAUUCGUAUCUAAAAUCUCUGAUACAAGCUGGAACAGCAGUCAAGUCAUUUUAAAAGGUAAACAUGCCAGGCGAUAGGCUACUAGGAGCUAGCAGCUACACAACGGCCAAGCACACAAGUACAUACAGUGAGUGUCCUUCAUUAAACAAUGUAAACAAGUAUAAAUCAUUCUAGUUGCAUAUUACUUACACACACAGUCUUCAAGGCAGAAGCGUAUUAGAAAGCAUUCGGUAACAAACGUGUCCGCAUCACUCAUUUUGCUGCAUUAUGAGCUUGAUUUAAUUCAUUAUUGUUAACACGAGGUGUCGCCAAAAACAAAAUGCCCCUCCGCUCUAACUUAAAGACAGCAUAAGUCCGUCAUAAGGUUAGUGCUUUUCAUACCUACCAGUGUUCCCAGAGUAAAUUCCAUCCAUCCAUUUUCUACCGCUUGUCCCUUUCGGGGUCGCGGAGAGUGCUGGAGCCUAUCUCAGCUGCAUUCGGGCGGAAGGCGGGGUACACAUUGGACAAGUCGCCACCUCAUCGCAGGGGCCAACACAGAUAGACAGACAACAUUCACACUCAACCCAUAUAAAAUAACAUAAACAUGAGAUAGUUAAAAUAUACGGAGCCCCUAAAGGGAC